AUGUCGUCCCCUUCACAGAACUCCAAGGAGGAGAUCCGCCAUGUAGAGCACACCAACGAGAAGUACUCGCCGGAUGAAGGGCAGCAUGUCGAAGCCCGUAACGACGCAGGCGAGGUCGACAUUGACGCCGGUUACGACCCCGCGGACGUCAAGCGCGUCAUGCGCAAGAUCGACUUCCGCCUCAUCCCCAUCCUCACCAUGAUGUACCUCGUCUCGGCCAUGGACCGUGCCAACCUCUCGCUUGCUCAGGCUGCCAACAAAAACCAGAUGGUCAAAGACCUGGAGCUGCACAUCGGGAACCGCUACUCGAUUGCCACAAUGAUCUUCUUUAUUCCCUACAUCAUCCUUGAGGUGCCGUCCCAGGCCGGCCUCCGCGUAUUCGGCGCCAAGAUCUGGCUCGGCGGUGCAACCGUCCUCUGGGGCGUCAUGAUGCUGUGCAUGGGCUUUGUCAAGAACUGGCAGCAACUCACUGCCCUCCGUGCCCUCCUCGGUGUCUUUGAAGCCACUCUCUUCCCCGGCGCAGCUUACCUCAUCUCAUGCUGGUAUCCACGCCGGUUUAUGGCGACCCGCAUGUCCUACUUUUUCAUCGCCGCCAUGUUCCUUCAGGCCUUCUCCGGCAUCUUGGCCUGGGGUAUUGGCGAGACCCUCCACACAAAGUCGGGCCUGCACGGCUGGCAGUGGAUCUUUAUCAUCUACGGCCUCAUGACCAUCUUUAUCGGCUUCUGCGCCAUUGUUCUCAUCGUCGACUUCCCAGACAAGGCAACGUUCCUUACUGAGGUGGAACGCGAAAUCGUCCUCACUCGUAUCCAACGUGACCGCAACGACGCCGUCUACGACCACAUCACCUUCAAGAAGGUCAUGCACUACCUCACCGACUUCCGCAUCUGGCUCUUCGGCCUCUUUUUCUGUGCGGCUGCCCUCUGCAUCUACGCACUUGCCUACUUCCUCCCGCAGAUUUUGGCCGGCAUGGGCUUUGACAACAAGAUGAGCCAGAUCCUCACCGCCCCACCCUCUUUCUACUCGCCUAUUCCGUGCAUCAUCAUGGCCAAGCUCGCCGACAAGAAGAAGUGGCGGAUGCAGGUGGUCGCGUUCAACGCGCUCCUCACCAUCAUCGGUGUCUGCAUGUUCUCGCAACUCUCCAAGGACCAGACGGCUGCGCGCUACGUCGGUGUUUUCCUCGCCGCAGGCGGCUGCCAGGCCUCAAUCCCGCUCAUCACGGCUUGGUCCCAGACCUGUAUCCGCUCGCAGUCCAAGCGCGCCGUCAUGAGCGCCGUCGUCGUUGCAUGGGGCGGUAUUGGCGGUAUCCUUGCUGGUGUCUCUUUCCGUCAAGCCGAGAAGCCCCACUACACCACCGGCAUCUUCCUCACCGUCGGCCUUUCCGCGUUUGCUGUUGUCGGAUCGAUCGCCCUCUGGGUCUACUUUAUGGCUGAGAAUCGCAAGGCCGACCGUGGCGAGAAGAUUCUCGAGGGUGACCCCGACUUCCGCUACCAGUAG